UAAAAAGUUACUUCAGAGUAGAGAGUUUGAUAAAGAGAGUGAGUUCUUCCAGGGUUUGUCAAGAAACCCUAGCUUUUAGGGGUUUUUGGCUCUUCAUUAUUGCUAGGGUUUCGAACAUUCUUACAUUUCUCUCUGUAAUUAGGUUUCCCUUUUUUUUUUUUUUUUUUUUUUUUUUUUUGUGGGUUUUGUCGAUUGAUUGGGUUCCAUAAUGGUGGAGUCUGAUCAGAACAAGCUGUUCGUGGGAGGAAUCUCCAGGGAGACAACUGCAGACACAUUGACCGAUCACUUCGGCAAGUAUGGCGUUGUGGUUUGCUCUGAGAUCCGCAAAGAUCGCAACACCCGAGUCCCUAGAGGUUUCGGCUUUGUUUCCUUUUCAGACGCAUCUGCAGUUGACAAAGCCCUUCAAGACACCCAUGUCAUUCUUGAGAGAACGGUAGAAGUGAAAAAAGCAACAUCUAGAAAAGAGCAACAGCAAAAUCAACAACUGAAUAGAGGAUUUAGUAGCAACAAUAGAAGUAAUGGUAGGAGGAACGGGCAGUUUAGGACACAGAAAAUUUUUGUAGGGGGUUUACCGCCUAGUCUAACUGAGGAUGAGUUCAAGAGUUACUUUGAGAAGUUUGGUAGAAUUACUGAUGUAGUUAUAAUGCAUGACAGUAUGACCAAGCGGCCUAGGGGUUUUGGGUUUAUCACGUUUGAUUCCGAGGAUGCUGUCGAGGAUGUUAUGCAGAAUAACUCCUUCCAUGACUUAAGUGGCAAAGUUGUUGAGGUCAAGAGGGCUGUGCCAAAAGAGGGAAAUUACUUUAGUAACAAUGGUUAUGCAGCAAGACUGGGUUUAGGAAGAGGGUCUACCUUUGACAGUUACCCUACUGGGAGUUACCCGAUUUAUAGCAGAUAUGGUAUUCUUCCAGGUUAUGGGCCUCCUUCACCAUAUGGUGUUACUGCAGGAUAUCCUUAUGGAACAAGCUUCUUUGGUGGUGGGUACUUUGCUGGAGGAUUUGGUGGAAUUGGUUAUAGGGUGCCUGCAGUUGUGCCUGGGAGUCCUUGGAAUGGCCAUUCAGUAAUUGGUGUUGGGGGAAAUCCAAUGCCUUAUGGCAGCACUGCUUCUGUAUACCCUCCGACUCCGUACUUGAAUGGUGGGGUUGGAGUAAUGCCUUCUGCUGCGAAUGGAUACAAUGGGAUUAUGGGUAUGGGAGCGAAUGAAUAAUUGAGUCAAAUUUAUGGUGGUGAUGCACAGGUUGUAGCUCAGAUCAAUGGAGGAAAUGUAAAUGUCUGUUCUUGUAGUUUGGAUGGAAGCUGGGGUACUGCCGCUAGCAAACAGAACCAAAGAGGUAUUGAUGGCCGAUUUAUGCCUUACACGAUUGGUAAUUCUAGUUGACUACUUGCACCCCUUUUAUGGGCACUGGCAGGUUUGUAAAUUCUCUACACUAAUGUUGUUAGGGCUGCUUUACCAUCAUUGGUCAAAUGUCCUGUCUAUCAAUUCUCUUUUUCUUUAUUACAACGAUGUUGCUAGCUAUGUGUCAUAUCUAGUUUCAAUAACUAUGGGUACACGAUUCAGACUUCUAUAAUAUAAUUGUUUGGGUUCA